UACAUUCAAUUCAGUCAACGCUCAGCCUUGUAACAACCGUUCCUAGAGUGUAACGUUCGCGUCAUAAUAUUCCGCGAGCACGCGCCAAAGUUUCUGGAUUAACAAUGAAACUAAAAUAUAUUAUUAAUAAGUGGAUAUAAACAUCCGAGUGUUCUGCUAUAUUUCAUUGUAUCUUUUUAAGUUCGUGAAAAUAUUUUAAAGUGCAAGCGUUAAACUUACAAGUGUGUAGCGUUUUAAUUGCUUCAAGAAAUUGUUGUUAUUGUGUUGCAAUAUGGGAGCCUAGGAUUUGUUGGAUGAAAAGAAAAAUUGAUUAGAAAGUGACUUUGGCAACGAGAUGGGGACCAACCGGUUGCUUUCACCGUAUACUUUGGUGUUGAUUUGUACAGCAAUUGGAGUGAUUCGUUGUGACGAUGAGCAGCACGACUCGCGAGAAGGUGAUGACGUCACGAUGCAGUGCAGAUUCGGGUCCGAGGUGAAUCCUGGUGAUUCACCAACCUACUACUGGGUGCGGAGUACAGCCAGCGGCCAUGACAAUGUGGCAAUAGGAAAUAUACCCCUUGAAACUAAUUAUAAAGUAAUGUACGCUCCGUCAGAGGGACGAUACGAUUUGAUGGUCUCAAAUGUAUCGUACGAGCGUGACAAUGGGAGAUUUGAAUGCCGCAUAAAGGCAGGUGGUUCGGGGAGGACGUUGCACUCGCAGGGACACAGUUUGGUGGUGCUCACUCAGCCGCAGCCGCCGCUCCUGAGUCCCGGCACGCAUGCCCAGGCGCAGGAAGGUCGGGAACUCAAUUUAACCUGCUCGACGACAGGUGGAUCGCCUAGCCCUGAUAUUAAGUGGUAUCGGGAUGGCACUACGUAUCCACUAGAGGCGAGUGUGAUCAACGGCAGGACGCGGGUGCAGCCUUCAGUGGCCAUUCUUACCCUGGCUCCUAGCAGAGAGGACGAUGGAGCGACUUUUCGGUGCGUUGUAUGGAACCGAGCGAUGCCUGAAGGCCAGAGACUAGAUACAACUGUUGAUUUAAGUGUAAAUUAUUUCCCUCGAAUUGAAAUCGGUCCGGAGAAUCCAUUGCAUGUUGAAAUUGAUGGAACUGCAACGAUGGAAUGUAAAGUUGACGCAAAACCCAAAGUGAGCAGCGUACGGUGGACUAGAAAUGGCAAAUAUAUUUCAAACUCUUUUAUACACACUAUUCAAGAUGUGACAGUACAAGACGCAGGCAAAUACACUUGCAGCGCUGAUAAUGGGCUUGACCAUCCUGGGGAGAAGGAGAUUUACCUAGACGUUCUGUAUCCUCCAAGUGUUACGGUCGACUCUAAAACGUACGACGCCGAAGAAGGCGGCACAGUUGAAAUACGUUGUGAAGUUUCUGCUAAUCCUGAACCAAUUUCAAUCGAUUGGACAAAGGAAGGAAAACCUGACUUCCGUCAAAAAGGAAACACUCUAGUUCUAACUAGAGUCGAUGCAGAAAUGGCUGGAACAUAUAUUUGCAAAGCCAUAAACGUAAUUACAUCAUCCUCAGGAAAUCGCAUGGAACGGGCUAGCAGCGCUUCCGUCGCUGUAUUAGUGAGACAUAAACCAGGACGGGCAUUUAUUAGUCCUGAUCGGCCCGUAGCUCAAGAGGGUGCAGGGGUAACACUUACCUGUAGUGCUAAGCCUCCGGGCUGGCCGUCUCCUCAGUAUAGAUGGUUCCGCGAUAUUGAUGUCGGAGAUGUCAAACCGAACGUUCUCGCUACUGGCCAUAAAUACACAAUCCCGAGUGCACAUCUCGGUAGCGAGGGUGUUUAUCAUUGCCAGGCCACAAAUGAACUUGGUCAUGGCGAGAUUGCAUCCGUCAACCUCGAAGUAUAUCAACCUCCGCGCUUCCAAUCAAAACUCCAACCACACAUGAUAAAGAACUCCGGUGAAAGAAAUUAUUCUUUGACAUGCAUUGCGUUGGGAAAACCGCUACCCCAUGUUAAAUGGUAUAAAGACAAUUCCGAAAUAAAAGCGGAUGCUAAUUUAUACGAAGUCAAAACAGAAAUAAAUGAAACUAGAAACGCGGUGUUCAACAUACAAAGUACGUUACGAUUCAAAGGUCGCGCGAGACCCAACGGGGAUGACUUACUUCCGGAGGAUAGGGGAGUCUAUUCUUGUUCGUUCGAAAAUGAAGUAAAGAAAGUGGAAUCAACUAUGCAGCUCAGGAUUGAACACGAACCAAUUUCAAUCCGACAACAAAACAAAGUAGCUUACGAUGUGAUGGAGAACGCUGAAAUAUCGUGUAGAGUUCAAGCUUAUCCCAAACCAGAAUUCCAGUGGUUUUACGGCGCUAAUACUGCACCAUUGCAAAUGUCCUCGGACGGUCAUUACGAGAUAACUACUACAACGGAUAAUAACGACUCCUACUUAAGUAUUCUCCUUAUACGCAACAUUAAAGGACAGGACUACGGUGAUUAUUACUGUAAAGUAAAAAAUUCAUUGGGUAGUAUACGUCCGCAAAUAAGAUUGCAACCAAAAGGUGCACCUGAGUCACCCCGCGCUUUAGCUAGUCAAAAAGUAGGACCCAGUUUUGUGUCUCUCAAAUGGGAAGCGGGAUUCGAUGGGGGACUAUCGAAUACAAAAUACUUUGUACUAUAUCGAAGACAGAAGAAUCCAGCUGGCGGAGAACACUGUGCCACAGAAAGAUUAGAUGAGUACGAUUGGAAAGAAUACGAUUGUAGGCGAUCCAAUCCGUGCAACGUUACGCGCCUUGAGCAACAUAAUACCUACCAUUUUAAGGUGAAAGCAGUUAAUACAAAAGGGCAGAGCAACUACUCCAAUGAGAUCAUGGUGACGACGAAAGUUGACAUUAUACCACCGCCGGAACAGGUGACAUUUGAUCCCAGUACGAGAUCGGUUGCGUUCAGUGUGGGGCCUACGUGCCUCCCCCUAGUGGGGGUGGUGGAAGGUUUGGGAGCUCUUGGCGGCUGGCAGGUCGUCGAUACGGUGCCACUGCAAUUAUCGGGUAUCAGUUCAACUAUACAAGAAAGUACCCUGGAUCCUCCCACGCCUCGCGGUAGAGGCUCCUCUGUACCACCAUUAGAUCAAUUAAAUCCUAGGGUCCGUUUGAGGCUUUGUUUACAAGACAAUCAAGAUACCUGCAGUGAAUACAUAGAGGCUGAUAUUGGUCCAUCAUACACGAAGGCAGCUGCCGCCUUAACUACUGCCACGGUCAUCGCAAUAGUCGUAUCUUGCCUAGUCUUUUUACUCUUUUUGAGUCUUUUAUUCAUCUUUUGUCGGUGUAAACGUAACGAGAACAAAAAAGAAGCUUCAAAGGACUAUGAAAUGGACUCUAUGAGGCCUCCCAUGGUGUCGCCACCUAACCAGGCGCCUCCUCCAUAUUAUCCGAGUACGGGGAUGGAGAACAAGGCGCUCGAACAUUCUAUGGACUUGCAAAUGGCUAUGGAUGACUCGAAGAAUGCAGUUUACGCGAGUCAGGGUGGCUACGGGUACCACAUGGCACCCCACACCCAAGGUCAUCCGGGGCAAAAUAUGUCGAAUGCGGACUGGGUAAAUAUGGGGUAUAUUGAGAAUUGCUACACGAACAGUAACAACGGAGGCAGCGUCAACUCCCAAGACUCCCUUUGGCAGAUGAAGAUGGCCGCGGCAAAUGCGGCUCCCAGCAUUCCGCAGCAUCAGAUGGUAGACCGGCAGUGUAAUUAUGGGUAUGACCCAAUAGCGCACGGUGGCUAUGGAACUAUUGACGACUACGCCCCGUAUUCUCCCCUGCCUCACGGCAACCUCAGCACCCACGGUAGUCACGCUGGAGCUGACUGUGCCAUGCGUUCAUCACAAACGCCGUCAAGGCAGGACUAUUGCUCCGAUCCAUACGCAUCCGUGCACAAGCCCAAGAAAAGGGUGGAUCAACAUAUUGAAUCACCUUAUCAUGAAGUUAGCGGUCUGCCCGAGACGUAUUGUGGGGGGCCUGAAGACGCAACUCCCGAAGACAAGCCGCCACAUCUAUCUCUUAGCUAUGAUGAAUCUCUUGAGUCUGGAUAUUCCACACCCAACUCUCGAGCAAGGAGAGUUAUUCGCGAAAUCAUUGUGUAAAUAUGAAAACAUCACUGGUACAAUUCCUAAUAAAAUUAAUUGGACCACAAACAUUCACUUGUACAAUUAUAUUCCGCUUAUCUUGCGGAAUGUUUUGUUGUUCUGAUUUUCAGAUUCUCAUUGAACGUCCUUAUCUUUUACUGAAUUUAAUAAUUCUUUAAAAUCGAUUAGGCAAGGUGAGGUAGAAAAUCAUUACAUAUAUUAAGAUAUCAUUUCAUAUUGUAAGCGAAGAAAAUGUUUACACUAAAACACAAUAUGACACUACGUAUAAGCUGUGUGCCGACGUCAUAUACAAUGCAUUGUAAUUAUACUUAUUACUCUCUGGCAACUGCUGACACGACAGCAUGUACUGGAGACAUCGGAGAUGUGCUAAUCAAGUAAUACAUUGCUCCAAAACAAGACUAUUAUAAUAUUUGCCUGGUUCAUGUUCCGACAGUGCAAAGGGAAUUCUAAUUACUCAGUUGAAUAGCAUCUUGUUCUCAAUAAUUUACGCUCUGUCUCAGAGAAAUGAGCUAAGCUCGCUAAGCCUUUGUUGCAUUUAAAUUGUUUCGACAUUCGUUUGUUUAUGUGAAAAUUCCUUGCAUUUAACAUUUUCAUAUCAAAUAUUUUUGUUUGAUUAUUAAAUUUGCUCUGGGGCUUAUAAUAUAAAUGGGAUCUCAGUCCUAGUACAAUAUUUAAUUUUUCACCAAUUUUUACGUACUAAGUAGACAUGUAUGUCAAAUGACAAAUGCUUUAAAAACACUGACAAUUAUUUUCGUCUCGCUUGAGAUUUUAGCAAUAGCCCGAUAAAACCUUUUUGCUUCAAUCACUCUAAUACCAUUCACUAUACAGUCGGCCAUUGGUGCUCACUUUUCCUUUUGUGUCUUGGUUCUGGUCCAGGAAUCACGACCAGAGGCUAGUCCUAAUCUCACGUUCAAGAUGAAAACACAUAUACAGUUAAUAGUAACAUUGUUAUACUAAUAUGAAAAGGCUGUUACUACGGAUACCUUACAUUGAGGUAAAAGAAAACUGUCACAUGACGAAAAUAUGUUGGAUGCAUUAAAUCACAAUUAAUUGCAACAAUAAACUAGAACUAGAGAACUAUCGUUUCUCAAGCGAAAUAUCAUCGUAUAGUUAUAAUUACCGUUUAAUCACUUAAUAUAGCGUGUAUAAAAUCAUAACUUAACUAUAAGAAACGCCGUCCUUUUGUCAAAAAUACUCUUAUAAUCUUCGGUGCCAUUACGUAAUGUAUUAGGACUUUGGCUAUGUAACUUUAUUGCCAGUUAUUUCAUAAUCUGUGGCAACCUUAUUCAUUUUUUUGUGGCCAAAACCUACUACGCUUAGUAAUAAACUCCUCGUUGCUUGCAAAUACUUAGUUCAUUUGUACGCUUAUACAUUUGAUGGUAUUUAUUUUUGGCUGACCCCACUGCGGUCAAUUUCAAGCUUAGAAUUACUUUUGUUUCAAGUAAUUUUGUAGAAGUAUUUACUUUUAAUUUUUCAAUUUCAUUAGGUUUUAUUUCACUACAUAUAUAUCACAAACCUUUUUCUUUUUAUUGAUGUUAGAAAAUCAAUAAUAUUGUUUAUUUUUUUAUAUUACACACUUUCAUUAUAUACAACAAAUACACUUAUUAAAAUAAUCGUGUAGCUAUCAUUACAUCAGAUGUCAUUAGUUUUAUUAGUGUUAAAGCACGAAACGGGCCCACCUUUAUUAAAUAGGAUCUGGACCACCGGAAAUGUUCAUUUUUAAAUUAUUUUGUUAUAUACAGGGUGGGAUUUUGUGUUUUUUUUAAAUAAAGUUUCUUACAAGCAAAAAUUGCUGUCCCUUCCAUUAAGGGUAUUUUCCAGGUGGUGUUUAUUAAAAGUUCCAGCCUGUAUAAUGAAUGUUUCUCGUAUAGCUUUGAGUCAUACAAGCCACUUUUAUUGAAUUGAAAGAUCUCGGACACUCGGCAUCAACGUGACUGAUAAUUGUUCAAAUACAAAUAUAUUAUAUAAUUCUAUUGAUAAUCAUAGUGCUUAGGUAUAUAGUAUAAUAUGUCGUGAUUAAUAUCUUUCGAAUUUAAUGGUGCAAUUUACGUAUUUAAAGACAUACGUAGAUAUUCGCUUUCGCUUAGGGUCAAUAAUGUAUUGUACACAGCUUCAGAACUGUUUUGCACAUACAUGUAUCUUGUCGUCCUUUUCACAUGGCUCAUAAAAAGUAGGAAGGUAAUAUGAAUAGCUUGAUUUUUGAUCGUUGAAUAACUUUCUUUAAUACUAGUAUAAGGAAUAUAUGUAAGUGAAAUCAUUGUCUCUUUUUGUGUACAAUUAAAGUUUAACCCACUAUACAACGACAAGUACUUAUGAUCUUAGUUGGUAAUGAAAUAACUUCUUUAUACUUUUUAUAGGUUAAGUUAACGGUUAAGUUUUGUACAUUUAAACUUGUAUAUUUUUUAUCUAUACUGUACUUAAACGCCAAACGUUAAUUUGUAACGAAAUGCGCCAUAUUUUAAUUUUAAGAUCUGACAUCGUACGUUAAAUUAAUUGUUGUAUUAUAACAAUGAACUUGUGGUAUCUAUUGUAAAUAUUGAUGUAUUAACUUUCGUGAAAAUAAAUUCUUUUUCACUCCA